AUGCAUCAAGACGAAGCAGAAAGCUCAGGCCAUGGAGACAACAACUUCCCAUCGAAAUUUUUUUGGAGAGUAAAGAAGGUGGCUCCAAAAAUCAAAACGUUUAUAUGGAGCGCAAUCCACAAUGAAUUGGCGGUUGUAGGAAAAAUUAGUCAGCAUGUAGCUGGUGUUCCCAUUGAAUGUGUGAUAUGUAAAGCAGAAACUAAAACUGUGCAUCACCUUCUAUUUGAGUGCCAUUUCGCUCAGGCAGCGUGGUUUGCAUCACCAAUGGGACUGCGGCCCCAAGGUAACUCUCAAACAGAGCUCAGUCAUCUCAUGAUAAACUGGUCAAACACUGAUGACAAUGCGCACUCAGCCGUUCUUGGUAUGGCCAUUUGCUGGGCCAUAUGGAAAGUGAGGAAUUCCAAAGUCUUUUAUAAGAAGACAACAAAUAUAAAAGGAACCCUCAAGUUAGCUUUUCGUUGGUUCAACCUCUAUUAUAAUAUUAUUGUAGAGAAUGAUGUCAUUGAAACUCUGAGCACUCCUAUUCCUACAGAGCUGAUGGCAACUUGGAAUCCGCCACAAGAACUCUAUGUGAAGAUAAAUGUAGAUGCUGCUUGGAAGGAUGACUUUUACGCUUGUGCCGCAAUAAUAAGAGAUAGUUACGGAAUUGAUAUCGGUGCUAGCACAAGACUCGGCAACUCGGAUACUGUGCAUUAUGCUGAAGUAGAUGGCUUUCUUCUUGCAACAGAAUUGGCUCUCAAGUUGAAUCAAAAUAAAGUCAUAGUUGAAGGAGACAGCCAGGUGGUUGUAAACAACUUCAAUGGAACCUCAAGGACCUCCCCCUGGAGACUCUGGAAGAUAAGAACGACAUUAAAAGACAGUCCACCCGGUUCUGCAACUGCAAUUUCAAUCAUGUGGCGAAGCUUUCCAAUUCUGCAGCUCAUUCCUUAG